AUAUAUUGGUCAUAUAUGUUUUAAUUACGUGAGGGUCGACGUUUCGUGAUUUAUAUCAUUGUGAUAGUUUUAGAAAAUGCGGGUUUAUAUGCGAUCUGGUUUUUUAUACAUGGUAGUUUUUCCUGGUCAUCACAACAACUGUACAGCACAAUUAUUGUUGGAGGCUGCACUGUUUUAGGGGUGAUAUUCCUUGCUUGUUACUGUUGCUGGAAGCUUUCUCUAACUGACAGAAUUGUGUUGAUUGAUAAAAGAGCAGAUAAUAUGACUGAUUUCAGCAUUUAUUUUGAUUUUUUUGAUGCAGUAUUCAAUUUGAAAGUGGACAAAAGAGAUGAGGCAUUAUUAACUGAAAUUCGUAAUAACCGCAAUGAAGACGACAGUGUUGCUGCAAUCUGAAAGCGAAAGCCCUCGAUAUGGCUUGGUCUGAUCUGUGAUCAGAUGUCUUAUUAGAAAAAAAAAUCAGAAAGUUGCAUUUAUAAAAUGGCUUCACAGGUGUGAGUUUGAGGAAACUGCAUUGUUUUGAGUUAUUAACUUUUUUAGAAGAAUCAGUUUAAAAUGGCUAAUCAAGCUGAAAAACUUCCUUCCUUAUAUGAAUAUUAUACAGAAAAUGGAAUAAAAUCUGGUCUUGAAGCAAGUGGAGAUAACUUUAUUUUAAAUGGGAAAAAAAUUCAAAUAUUGGGAGGAUCGUUACAUUAUUUUCGUGUUGUACAACAGCAAUGGAAGGAUCGACUAACAAAAAUGCGAGCUUGUGGACUUAAUACUGUAGAAUUUUAUGUUCCAUGGAACUUGCAUGAAGAAUAUCCUGGAGAAUUUAAUUUCAGUGGUCUCCUUGACUUGAGAAAGUUUUUGAAAGAAGUAAAAGAAGCAGAUAUGUUUGUGUUGUUCCGACCAGGACCUUACAUUUGUUCAGAGUGGGAGUUUGGUGGUUUGCCAAGUUGGCUUCUGAGAGAUACUUCCAUGCAAGUCCGUUCUAAUUAUCAACCCUUUAAGGAGGCAGUAAAAAAGUAUUUUUCUCAAUUGAUUCCUCUAGUGAGCAACUUUCAGUUCAGCAAGAAUGGAGGGCCAAUUAUUGCUGUGCAAAUUGAAAAUGAAUUUGCUUCAUUUGGAAACACUGAAGAAAAUGAUAAAGACCUUGAAUAUAUGAUUUUUGUAAAGUCAACCAUGGAGAAAUUUGGCAUCAAAGAAUUGUUUUUUACAUCUGACUUACCAAUAUCAGAUGGACAUCGUGGAUCAAUUCCUGGAGUUCUAAUGACUGCUAAUUUCAAGGAAGGAGCUGAAGAACAGUUAAAUUAUCUGAAAAAAAUGCAGCCAGAUAAACCCCUCUUGGUUGCAGAGUAUUGGUCUGGUUGGUUUGACCACUGGACUGAAACACACAAUGUACACCCUGCAGAAGCAUACGCUGAAGAACUUAAAAAUAUCCUGAAACUAAAUUCAUCUGUAAACAUCUAUAUGUUCCAUGGUGGUACUAACUUUGGAUUUCUAAAUGGUGCUAAUGUAAAGUUUCCCUACCCAGAAACCUCUUACAGUCCUACAAUUACCAGUUAUGAUUAUGAUGCUCCAUUAACAGAGUCUGGGGAUUACACUGCAAAAUACUUUAAAACACAAGAAAUAAUAAAAGAAUACUGCUCCAGUCCAAAACUUAGAAAUCCUCCAUUACCUUAUGAAACCAAGAAAAUGAGUUUGCUAAAUCUGACUGUUAACAAAAUUUUACCCUGGGCUAAAAUUACAGACAGAAUAAAGCCACAACACACAGUGGCCCCAAUUAAUAUGGAAAUAUUGGACCUUGGGAACAACUUUGGCCAAAACUUUGGUUUUAUUAUGUACAGAACCAAAGUAACUGAUGGUGGGAUUUUGACCUUGUCAGGUGGGGUAGCUGACAGAGCAAUAAUUUAUUGGGAUGGAUUUGAAAUAGCAGUUGUAAAUUGGUUGGCAGGAACCAUGCCAAAAGUUGAACUUCCAAAAAUAGAAAUGUCAGAGUCCCAUACUCUUGAUAUUCUAGUGGAGAACCUGGGUCGAAUAAACUAUGGUAUGCCUGAUGACCUCAAUAAUCAAAGGAAAGGCUUACGUGGUCCAGUCUGUUUGAAUGAACAAGAGAUUCAUAAUUGGACUGUGUUUCCUUUGAAUUUUGAUCAAUCUUUCAUCCAAGAACUAGCACAUGAUGAUAAAUGGGAAAAUUUUGAGCCAAGUUCUCAGAUCUAUAGACCUGCUCUGUACAAGAUAGACUUUCAUCUUUCAGAGAAACUGUUAGACAGUUUCUUGUAUUCUGAAAGUUGGCAGAAAGGUGUUGUGUUUGUUAAUGGUUUUAACAUUGGUCGCUACUGGAAGGUUGGACCACAGCAGACUUUAUAUGUGCCAAGCCCUCUACUAAGAGAUGGUGACAAUACUGUUUUAGUAUUUGAGUUGCACAACACUGUUUUAUCUAUUGAUUUAUUAGAUCAUCCCAUUCUAGAUCAGAAUUCACCAUAAGUGUAGUAGACAUUUUACUGAAUUUGUUAAUGUUUUGGUUGGGAUAUACAUUAUAGAUUAGGUAACCCAAAAUGAUCAUGAUAGUUUUCAUUUCUUUAAUAUAGUUAUUAUUCUGGAUUCAUGUAAUUGAUAAAUAUUAACAGUUGAU